AUGACGGCGGAGCACGGCCCAGUCAACGAGCGGCUAUGGACGCUUGUGCUUGAGCUGUCUGCACAGCUUGCUGCAAAUAAGCAGCAAGUGGAUGCACUGCGGAAACAGGUUGCAUCGCUGGAGGGUCAGGCGCUGCAUGCCAAGACGGGGUACGCUCUGCGUCGAUUCAAUGUGGACAUGUCACAAGAGGCGUUCACGUCUCAACUUGAGCGACUAAAUGCGCAGCUCGUGAACGAAAAUACAACGCUCGCUUAUGAAGCGAAGCAAAUGGGCAGUCUUUUGCGCGAGAGCGAAAGCACACUUGAGGCCAUCAUGAACAAGUUCCGUGCCUUUUCGCAUGCGGCCCAGCAGCACGGUCUGGACUUGUCUGCCUACUACGAGUCGCGCAUCGAGAGUCAAAGGAACAGGAUCGAUCAUUUGAUGAUGCACGAUCAAGAUACCAUGCACAGGCUCUCUGACCGUGUCAGUGGACUCGUGCGCGAUGCCAUGCAUUCGAUGGACAGCGACUUUCCCGACAUGCGCUCAGAUGCCAUGGAAGGCGCUACGGAGCUGGAGCGCCUGCGGCAGGAAAAUGCCAUUCUUCGUUCUCUCAUGGGUCUGAGUCACGAGGAUGCGGAUGUGGACGACAAUGCGGAUCGCGUGAGUACCUCGGAUUUGUCUAUUUCGCGUUCGUCUCUAGGCCAUGCCGAGCAGCCCGUCGAAGAGAGCACGACGACCGGCACGAUGACACCAGAGGGUGAAGCCCCUGUCGACGAAAUAGAUGCAGGCGUACCUGCGCCAUCUUGA